GCGGCGAAAGGAAGGAGGGAGAAGCCAAGGAAAGAGGUUCCCUUCAAGAAGGGGCGUGUGGAAAGAGGAGAUUGUGUUUUUUAACAACUUCAGGGAGAAAGCGAAGGAGAAAGAGGAGGAAAGGGAGCAAAAGUUUGUUUUCUCACAGAGACGGCACGAGGCGGAACAAAAGUUAGAAAAAGUGAGGGGGGUGCAGUGGGGCAGAGUUGGGGGCGAGGUUUUUAAAAAGUGUAUUUCAGAGAGAGGCUCCGGGUGGCCGGAGCUCCUUGGUCGCGCGGCUCGGAGGCUUGCCCGCCCUCCGGGGGCAUGGACAGCCCCAGCGCCCCGGCCGCUGCCCCCGCCGCUACCUCCGGCGCCUUCAGCAUGGAUAAGGCGUUCGGGCCGCAGCAGCCCCUGGGCGGCCGCCUCCUGGAGCCGGGGGACUGCGCCCAGGCCAGGAAGAACUUCAGCGUCAGCCACCUCCUAGACCUGGAGGAGGUAGCGGCCGCGGGCAGAAACGGAGGUCGCGAGCCCCGGGCCGAGCCCCGGGACGGCAGCCGGGGGCUGCAGGAGCCGUCCGGGGGGAGCAGCGGCAGCGAGGCGGCGCCCCAGGACAGUGAAUGCCUCAGCCCCAGCAGGGGGGCCGCCAAGAGGAAGAAGAAACAGCGCAGAAACCGAACCACCUUCAACAGCAGCCAGCUGCAAGCCCUGGAGAGGGUGUUCGAGAGGACGCACUAUCCCGACGCCUUUGUCCGAGAGGAGCUGGCCCGCAGGGUCAACCUGAGCGAGGCUCGCGUCCAGGUAUGGUUCCAGAACCGGCGGGCAAAGUUCCGACGGAAUGAGAGAGCAAUGCUGGCCAACAGGUCCGCCUCACUCCUCAAGUCUUAUAGCCAGGAAGCCGCCAUCGAGCAGCCGAUGGCGCCUAGGCCGACGGCUCUGAGUUCAGACUAUUUGUCCUGGACGACCACCUCCCCAUACAGCUCAGCUGCUGGCAGCUCUGGGCACUCACACCCUCCUGCCAGAGAUGCACCGGCUGAUGGGGGCUCCAGAGCCAGUUGCGGGGGCAGCUCCACGCCUGUCCAGAACAUCGAGAUGGGCUUGCCGCACGGUGCCAUCCUACAGCCCCGGGGGGACAACCACUCCCACUCAGGGGGUCAACAUGGCCAACAGCAUCGCCAGCCUCCGCCUCAAAGCCAAAGAGUUCAGCCUGCAUCAGAACCAGGUGCCCACAGUAAACUGAAUGAUUCCCAGCAGCCUUCAGCCAGGACUAAGCUACCUUUUUCUUAAAAAAAAAAAAAA